CCGAAACAAUGGCCGAAGUCGCUCAACCUCUUCACCCAGACAUCAUUCCCCGCCUUGAUCCAGAAUAUAUCGCCUUCCACAACGCCCACAUUGCACAUAUCGUUCCCCCUCACACUCUCCCAUGGGAUGCAUCCUUGCGCAGUCGCCCUCCAGUACCAGGAAGUCGCGAGGUAGUCGAGGUUGGAGCUGUUACAGACUUUGCGCUCAGUAAAUCCAAGAUUCGCGCGUUUACCCCCAAAGGGGAGCCCCCUUCAGGGGGUUGGCCCGUGUUUGUCUGGUACCAUGGCGGUGGUUGGACACUGGGGAACAUCAACACGGAGAAUGCAUUUGUGUCACGUGUUUGCAGAGGUAUUGUAGUUUACGUGGUCUGUGUGGUAGUGACGUCAGAUUAUCGCUUAGGCCCUGAGGAACC